AUGUUUUGCCUCAGCGUCUUCUUCAUAUGCUUAAAAAUCUCACCUCCGAAAACGCAAGAUACUGAUACUGCAAAACAUCAACGGAAACUCAGUGGGCCCGUUAGUUGGCCCAUGAAAUUGCGAAAAUACGGAUCGGGUUAUGCAGUCACACUGGGUUAUCAAGUUAACUCCAUCAACGCGCCUAAGUUCACAGUUCCGGAUCAAUUCGUUCUUAAAGAGUGUCCAAAAGGCGUGCCUCUGCGAUUCGAGGACUUGAAAGGCAUUCGUGACCAUUUGUGGCGACUACCUAUACAUCCCCAAGUUUUCAGAACCUACCCUCAGGCGAUCAAUGUCAGCGAUACUGUCAAUCGAUUGCUGCAAGGCAGGCCCAUCGAAGAGGCUCCAAUAAACAACGUGGUAUUUCGAUACAGCGUGGUUAGUAAAUCGGUUUGUCAUCCUGAUUAUCCGGCAAGUCAAGACUACGAUGUCGUGGUGGUGGUCAAAUCCGGUGCAACAAACUUUCAGAGACGUGAAAAUUUCCGUCGAAUAUAUAGAACCAAAUCAGCAGAUUGGGGACGCCUUCACCUAGGUCAACGGAUUGGCAUAGUAUUUUCCGUCGGUCUUCGAGUUAGUCAACAAAACGUCCUUCAUCGUGGCGGCAGGACCUUUCGUCUCAACCCUGAUGGAGAAAGUGCCAAUGAAAUUUUGCAACGGCUGGAGGAAGAGCUGGUAAACAAUGAUGAUCUUAUAGUGGGUGAAUACGAAGACAAUUACUUUAAUCUCACGAUGAAAAUGCAGUACUCGUAUAUCUGGGUUGCUACGUUUUGUCAAAGAAACCGACCGAUUGUCCUAUUUCUGGAUGAUGAUGGGCCGUUUUCAGAUAGAGACCUGGCCAAAGCUUUGCAUAAAUUGUCGCCGGAAAAGAAGGCCUAUUUAUUUCACGGGAUUAUGGUUCUACAAGGACGCGUUUAUCGAUAUGACAAACGUGGUUUUGAUAAAUGGGGUGUUUCAAAGUCGGAGGUGCCAUGGCCUGAGCAUCCACCCUAUCCCUUUGGUGUAUACGUUCUUAUGAGCUACUCAAAUGUCCAAAGAUUGGCUUUGGGUAUGCUCUUCACCAAACCCUACCACAUAGAUGAUACGUGGUUGGGACUGACCGCAGCAAGAAUGAGUAUGCACUUUCGAAAUAUCCAUCUUCUCAUCUCCAAAGCGCGAUUAUUAAGAACUAGGCAGGAGGGCUAUGGACCCAUUGACUGGCAAUGGAGCGUCUAA